GCAAUAACAAAUCUAUUUUCGGUUUCGGUGAAAAGUAUGAUUCUCGAUUCACGGAAUAACUCUUUUUAUAUCCAGUAGUUGCACUCGUAAUAAUUUAGUGUUCAAACGAUUAAAGUUAUCGUUCAGCCAUGCUUCCCGAAACGAUGGUGUUUGGAAUUACGCUUCUCCUAACGGGGGCGAUUCUGUUUCUUCUGAUCUAUUUCGUGAUUAUUCUGUCGGAUCUGGAAUGUGACUAUCUAAACGCUCAACAGUGCUGUUCGAAGCUGAAUUUUUGGAUCGUUCCCAAGAUUUCGGCUCACAGCUUUGUCGCCUUCCUGCUGCUAAUCAAUGGCAAUUGGAUGCUGUUCAUAGCUAAUCUUCCGAUGAUAGGCUGGCUUCUUUACGACAUCAUCAAGGUGCCCAGUGGGAAUCUGGGCGUGUACGAUCCGGCAGAGAUUCACAACCGUGGAAUGGUGAAGAAGCACCUGCGGGAUACGAUGAUCCGAUUCGGGUACUUCUUGAUCAUAUUCUUCGUCUAUCUUUAUUGUAUGAUACUCGCUAUGCUGAAGGGAGACCCAAUCAGACGUCACGAAGAGGAAGAAAUCGUAACGGAUUUCUAGCCCAUGGUUAACCAGCUUAGUCUCAGGACUAGGGAGCGUUUUCGAUUAUAAAUUUUAAGAUGUUUUUUAGUUUUGCUGUGAGAAAAUUUUCUCCAGCACAUCAUGACUGAGAACUGUGUAAUUUGGUUUCAUAACCAACUUGCUUCCCAAGGUCGUUGGAUGCAUUUGUUAAAGGCCAAAGAUUUCUUCGACAAUUGAGAUUAAAAGUAUUUUUUGUGUUAUUGCUAUAUGUUUUCACUGGGUGGUCGAUUCAGAAUGGCGUUACGAGCUACUGAAUUGAAUAACUCGAAGUUUGAUCCAUUUCAUAAGGUGCAACCUGUGUAUAGAUAUGAUGAAACUUAGCAUGGACAAAAUGACGGUCGCCAAAGCAAUCUCAAAACUUAAUUGGUCUAGCAUCGAUUUCAUCAAUACAAACAAAUAGUUUCUUUUAUCCAAGUUACUCAUUAGAUAUCAUUAUAAUCAUCCUCAUAAUUCUCGGAUAAACGGCUAUUGAUUAUCUCUACCCCCCUUAUUCUGCGCCGCGCGUGGGGUGACAAUAGUCGAGUCGAGUCGGAGUCACGUGAGUCUUGUCACCUUAUUCUCGAAGCCGAUGUGACAGAGCAUACGGUUUGUGUCUCACGGUGACUACUAGAUUAGGAUAAGAAUUCAAAAAGUUCAUUCUAAAAGACGUUUCUCACCUAGAGCGACUACUGGAAUCGGGUGACUCGACUAUCGUCACCUCACGCGCGGCGCAGAAUAAGGGGGUACGGCUAAUGAAUACAAUUUGUAUUAAAUUAUUGAAUUCUCAUCGUUGGUUCCUCAUUUAAACAAAAAGUUCUUUAAAAUACGCGGCAGAGAAAAUUAAAUAACGCAAAUAUAAGAUUUGUGUAGUUCAUUUAUAAAAAAAAGUUGAUGAAAUUUUCUGAUUACUAACAUCUUCAAACUUAAAAUAAAAUAAUAAAAGAUUUCCUAACAUGUUUGUGAGUUUUAGAGUUGAUAGAAACUAUGAGCAGAUUGACAUCACAAUUUUUUUCGGCCUCUAUUUAUAAGUUUUCCUGCUCAUGGAUAUCUUUCUGAAUUUUAAUAUGAACUUCACUGAGUUUAUUUUGAUGAAGUAAAGUCAGUUGGCUGUCCUCUUAAAUGAAUUGAUUAAACGUGUAUAAAAAAAAUACUGUAGCCAGUUCGUCAAGACAGUCAUCAAAUAUA